UCCGGGGCCCGGCCCCGCGGCGAGCCCGGCCCGUGGUACCAUCUAGUGGCACCGCGCCGCCCGGCCGGGGCUCGGCGAGGCCCCGGGGUGCGGGGCAGCCCGGGUCGGCCCCGCCGGUUCUCCCGGCCGGUCCCUUCGCGCCAGCGUGCCCCAGCCCCGGGGGACAAACGUGUCACGGGCAGGGUCAGCCCCAGACGGGAAAACAGCUCGUCACUGAUGCCCGGCUCGGUGCAGCGGGGAAGGUGCCGGCGGCUGUAACGAGGCUGCUGCACGGGAGGGCGGCCGGUGGCCCCGGGGACGCUGCGGCCGGGCCCGGGAAGCGGCGGCCGCCCGGACGGGAGCGACUCCGUUCCCCCCCUCGGGGUUGUCGUGGAGCUGCGGCGAGGAGGAGCCGCCUGAUGCCGAUCUGAUGGGCAGUGGCGAAAGCGGCGGCUCCAUGUCUCCAGCUUCGGGGUGGCGGCUGGUGGCCGGGGUAUUCAGGAGGAGCUGGUCCCCCCGCGAUGCCCUGCCACAGGGCUGUGACCUCCUGCAGCAUCUGUACUGACCCAGGCUGGAGGCAGCAGCCUAGACGGAGAGGCGAGGUGUGGAGCUUAUUUCUGUCACUGCAGGAAAAAGGAACGAUAUGGGGCUGGUCCUCAGGCAGUGUCUGGCCCACAAAGGGUUACACAAGGCACCCUGGAGUGAUACCACUGCCACCAGCCCAGGAGCUCGGCUCCUUCCUGGUCGGUUCGGAGGCUUGCCCGAAGUGGGAUUGAGGAAGGGGACAGGGACUGCAAAGAGGAGCCGGAGCCAGUCCGUGCCCCCAGCCACCGGGCAGGAGCUGCCGCACCAGCCGGCCACCACCGUUGCCCUCCCUUGCUUGUGCUGGCAGGUGGCCACCAUGGAGGAGAUGGUGAUCUGGGAGCAGCACAUGGUGACACUGAGCAAUGACCCUCAAUGGGGCUUUGGCUUCGCUGCCUCCAGAGGCCGGGACCAUCCCAACAUGAUGACCAGGGACACAGUGGUGGUUGUUUCGGAUGUGGUGUCCAGGGGACCCGCAGUGGGCCGGCUCCAGAGGAAGGAUCACAUUGUGAUGGUGAAUGGCCUUUCCAUGGAGAACGUCUCGUCCUCCUUUGCCAUCCAGACACUUAAAAUGUGUGGCAAGAUUGCCAACAUUACACUGAAAAGAUCAAAGAAAGUCCACCUUCCCGUGAGCAAGAGCAGGCCCAUGUACUCCACCAAGCCCUGGCGCUAUGUCUCAAAUGAGGACUGUGGGUCGCAUGGUGCGGAUCCGGCCUUGCACCGCUCGCGGGAUGACCUGGACCACAGCCAGGGCUAUGACGGGGACUCAUCCAGCAAGAGGAGCUCUGGCCGCCACCAGGAUGACCACCGCCUCCACAAGUCAGUGUCCCAGAGCCGGAGGCGAAGCCAGGACGGCAGCCACUGGAGGCAGAGCCCCAGCAGUGGCUCAGAUCAGAGGGGCAACAGCCGGCACUGCUCUGCCAAUGGCUUCAGCCAUGAAUGGGACACCAACGGGCUAGCCCUAGUGUCGGGCUUCAAGCGGUUGCCAUACCAGGAUGUGCUGAUGAAGCCCAUCACGUCAGUCCUGGUGAAGCAGAACGAAGAGUAUGGCCUGAAGCUGGGAAGUCAGCUCUUUAUCAAGCAUAGUGGGCUGGCAGCAAAGGACAACAACUUGCAGGAGGGAGACCUCAUCCUGAAGAUCAACGGGGUGGCCAGAGAGGACAUGUCCCUGGCUGACACCCAACAGCUCAUUGAGCAGACAGAGGGGACCCUGACCCUGCUCAUCCUCCAGGACCACUGGCAGUUCCUGGUCAACAACCCUGACAUAGAAGACAGCCAGAGCAACAGCUCCUGGAUGGAUGAUAUCUCUGGCAUUGACUCUGAACUGUUCCAUCCGCCAUCCCCUGAGACCUCCCCGUGACCUCUAGCUGCUGCCAGGAUGGAUUCACCGCCGGAGAGGAGACAAUCAAACAGUGACCCUGCGGCCGAUGUGAUUGUGGACAAUGCUCAGGGCCCUGACCUGCUGGAAGCUGUGGAGGGGGAUGGCUGCCAUGGCCCCCACGCCAGCCCCGCUGCCUGCAAGGAUGGGUACAGCGCUGACCCCAGGGUUGUGCACUUCGUGAAGGCCAAGAGCGUCGGGCUGCGGCUGGCUGGCGGGAACAACGUUGGCAUCUUCAUGUCAAGCAUGCAGGAGGGGAGCCCAGCCAACAGCCAGGGUGUCUGGGAAGGGGACCAGAUCCUGGGGCCGUGUCUAAGUGUUUUUCUGCGGCAGGUGAACGACACCAGCUUCCAGAACCUGACUUGUGAGGAGGCUAUGGAGUAUCUCCAUGUUCCUCCUCAGCCACCUCUUCCCCGAUGGUCCCUCUCACCAUGGGCUCCAGUUUACAGGAAGAUGAUCUCGUCCAAUGUGGGUGACUCAUUCUACAUAUGGAUGCACUUUGACUUUGAGAAGGACACACUGUCAGGGCUCAGCUUCGCCUGUGGGGAUGUCUUCCAUGUGCUGGACACCAUGUAUCGAGGCAGGCUGGGGAGCUGGCUGGCUGUGCGUAUGGGCAAGGACCUGCAGGAGCAGGACAUCAUCCCCAACCGGAGCAGGGCCGAGCAGAUCGCUAGCCUGGAGUCAGUGCUGAAAGCCAUGUCCGGUGCCAACCCCUCCGGGGCACAGGCUGAGUUUUGGAAGCUGUGGGACCUGUGGGGAGCCAAGAAGGUGCUGCGGAAGAGCCGGGAGGACCUGUCUGCCCUUGCAAAGCAAGGCCGCUACCCACCAUAUGAGAGGGUGGUCCUUGAAGAAAGCUUCAAGCAGCUGGUGGUGAUCCUAGGCCCGAUUGCAGACGUAUGUCUGCAGAAGCUGAGCAUGGAGCUGCCCGAGCUGUUUGAGAUUGCCUCAAGCGUGCCCCGAGACGGGGCAUCAUCCAAGGUCAUCAAGUUGGACUCAGCGCGGCAGAUCACAGAAAAGGACAAGCAUGCCUUGUUGGACAUCACACCCUUGGCUGUGGAGUGCCUCAACUACAUGCAGUACUACCUGGUGGUGGUGUUUUGCAAGCCUGAGAGCCGGCAGGGCAUCAAGGCCAUGCUGGCGCCCAACUCCAGGAAGAGCUCCCAGCACCUCUGUGCCCAGGCCAGCAAGAUGAAGAAGUACUGCAGCUACCUCUUCACCGCCACCAUCAGCCUCAGCAGCAGUAGCAACACCUGGUAUGAGGCAAUCAAAGACAUUAUCAGGACCCAACAGAGCCAGCCUGUUUGGACAGCAGUGGAGCAGGCAGAUGUGGCACCAGAGGAUAGUCUGGACCUGCUGAAUCAGAGUGCGGCAGCCUCAGGCUACCUGACCUGUGAUAGUCAGGCCAAUAGCAACUAUGACACAGAUGGCGAGGUGGGCGCCUACACUGACGGCGAGGCAGAGGAUGCCUAUGACCAGUCUGGGCGUGCCCACUCCUCUGAGCCAGCGCAGGUGUCUCCAAGCCACAGCAUGAGCGAGCAGGUGACUGAGCAGCAGCAGCAGCGCUAUGACAGCAUCAGGUAUCCUGCACACCAGGCAGGUGGCAGAGGCAUUACCACAGCUUCUCACCCCCCAGGGGGAUAUGAGCAUGAUGCUGUGAGGAAGAGGUUCACACAGGCCAGGGAUGACUCAGACCAGGACAAAGGCUAUGAGUGGGGCCCAGCUACAGCUGUGUAACAGCACCACUGGCCUCUCUCCCACUGGGCAGCCAGGCCCCUCGGGCCAGUCCUGCCACAGCCCUAUGCCACUGGGUCCACAUGACAGGCCAGGUAGUGCCACACAGCACCCCACGGCCACGCUGGGUUGGGCCUAAUCCUGCUGUACCCCUUACCACCCAGCACCACCAAGUGCCUCCUUUUGCCACAGCCUCUGCUACUGGAAUAAAAGGGAUGUUUUGAUCAGGA